CAGAGUCAGUGUAGAACUGGGUUGCAACAUCAAUAACAAUCGGCAUAAUACCGCUGGAUCAUCGGCGUUGCAUGCGUUUAAAUACAGGAAUCCUCCCAUGCCUAUUGAAGGCGAUUGGAAUGCUUUUUCACACCCCUAGUAGAACACUGCUAAGAGGAAAUUCGGACUAAUUUUUCGUGGUUUCGUUCUGUAAGGAGGGCGUUACAGGAAAGGAAGAAGGUGAUGUCCUUCAUCGGCGAGUGCGGUGCGCUUUGGCAGAUGGACGCAGAUCAUCCAGAAUGGUGCAUUUGAAUUUUGAUAUCUUGAUAGAAUACGCGGCUUAUCGUGUUAUUGUUGGAAUAACGGUGGAUAGGAUAAUAUCUAUGACAAAUUGAGCAAAACUGAUGCGAAAAUGCGAGGUGCAAGGUCGACUUGCGCAGGUGGAUGACCAACUUUAUGUUAACAAUCGCGUUUCUCCCCGCGUCUGCCGGGUUGACAUGCUGUGAAGCUGGUCGUGAAUACGGGGACUCGAGCCAUGCUUCCCGGGGUAGGCGUGUUUGGCACCAGCUUGACCGCGCGGGUGAUUAUCCCGCUUCUGAAGAACGAAGGAUUCGCCGUCAAGGCUCUAUGGGGACGGACUCAGGAGGAAGCCGAGGAGCUGGCCAAAGAAAUGAACGUACCGUUUUAUACCAAUAGAAUCGACGACGUUUUGCUGCAUCAGGAUGUGGAUUUGGUGUGCAUCAACCUGCCUCCACCUUUGACGCGGCAGAUCGCUGUCAAAACAUUAGGUAUUGGUAAGAACGUUAUCUGCGACCGCACCGCCACCCCGCUGGAUGCCUUCCGCAUGAUGUCGGCCGCCCAGUACUACCCCAAACUGCUGAGCAUCAUGGGUAACGUGCUGCGCUUCCUGCCCGCCUUUGUACGGAUGAAGGAGCUAGUUGAGGAGGGCUACGUGGGGGAGCUACUGGUCUGCGAGGCCCAGGUCCACAGCCGCAGCCUGUUGGGUAAGAAGUACAACUGGAGCUGUGACGACCUGAUGGGCGGUGGGGGGCUGCACUCGGUGGGCACCUACAUCAUCGACCUGCUCACCUUCCUGACGGGCCAGCGGGCGGCCAAAGUGCACGGCUUCCUCAAGACGUUCGUCAAGCAGACGGAGCACAUCUGCGGCAUCCGCCAGAUCACCAGCGACGACUUCAGCACCUUCCAGAUGGUGCUGGAGGGCGGCGCCUGCUGCACCGUCACGCUCAACUUCAACAUGCCUGGCGACUUCCGCCAGGAGGUGAUUGUGGUGGGCACGGUGGGCCGGCUGACGGUCAGAGGCACGGACCUGUACGGCCAGAAGAACACCAUGGAGGGAGGGCCGGAGCUACUUCUGAAGGACAGCACCCCUCUGGAGAAGGCCUCCCUACCUGAGAAGGCUUUCAGCGACAUCCCCUCGCCCUACCUGAUAGGAACCAUUUGCAUGGUGCAGGCGGUGCGGCAGGCCUUCGAGGACCAGGAUGACCGGCGCACGUGGGACGGAAGGCCGCUGACUAUGGCGGCCACCUUCGAGGACUGCCUGUACGCACUGUGCGUGGUGGACACCAUUAAGAAGUCCAACCAGUGUGGCGAGUGGCAGAACAUUGAGGUCAUGAAAGAGGAGCCCGAGGUAAGCCCGGCCUACCUGAUCAGCGAGGCCAUGCGGCGCAGCAGGAUGUCACUCUACUGCUAAAACUGGCACCAAAAUGGCCGACUGGGGUCGAGAGAGCUGUCACUGUGCCCUCAUUGGCUGUCUGGCUGAACAAUAGGGGGAUAAGGGUCCUGUUUCCCGAUUCUCUUGUUCCCUAAAUGAUGUGAACAGCGAUGAACUCGCCUCGAUCUCUCCGUCCUCUUUCCUGCUCGACCUAUUCUGGAUGAAUACGCCUCACGUUGUGAGUCUGCAAAAGCGAAGGAAUAGAGAACAUCUCCAAAAAGAAAAAGCAGUUUCUAUGGACGCUACACUCGGGGACAACAGAGUGGUUUUACUGUACCUCUAGAGAGAUGAAUGUUUAAACCCCAGGGGGCUUGAGUGGUUCAGUCCCUGUCUCUGUGUAUGUGUGCUGUGUAUGUGUGUGUGAAACCAGAGUGCAAAAACGCCGAAAAAUUACAUAGUUUGGCUGGUAGGGCUUUUAGUGAAGUCCCCCACCCCUCCGGUGAAGUAUGCAAUAAAUCCACCCAGAGCUGCAUGCUCGUGGAAUUAUGUCAUCCAGCCUGAAUCAAUGCCUGCUUCUCGUUUCUGUAGUAACGUCCUUAUGCAAUAGACAGACACGUCAUCUGUGGAUGGCGACGCAAUCCCGUGCUAUGCUGUGAGUAAAGCCUGGGCACAUGUUUUCUAUCUCAAGGUCAUUCCUGUUGCUUAGUUAGCCGGCUAGGUUAGCAUCUGCAUGCGCUAAAGCUUCUUACACAAUGGCGACAAUAUAGGGUUAAACAAUCGGUACUAAGCCUCCGGGGGUAGUGCAUGGAUGGGACACUAGCACGCAUCAAGCCUUCAGAUUAAGCCCUUUAAGACAUCCACUAGGAACACUCUGCGAGUUUGUGACUUUUUUAAUAGUCUGUGUGAAUAUGUAGCUUAGUACUACUAACAGAAGAACAUGGGUUAAUUAUUUUAUUUUUUUGAGAGAAGAGCACUGAUUUCACUUGGUCAUUUUUACUCAUCGCCGUCCACAGGAGAGAAUAGCUCAUGUUGACCUACAAGCCAAAACAUUAGAUUUUUUGUAUUUUAUUCAAGCGCUAUCUUUAUCGUUUUCCCAAUGUUGAUUAUUGCUACAUCAGCAUCUGCACAAGCCUACAUGUCUCGUUUUAAAAUGUGUCAUGAUAUAAAUGUGCUGUUUUUGUAUUUUAGUUGUUUUUAAACUACGCUGCAAAACAAAAUGACGGGAAACUGGAAAAUGUUUUGAUAAACGCACUGUUCAGUAUAAAAGUAUUCAUUUUUUUGUGUUUUGGACUGAUCCGUACUGGGGUUGUCUAGUUAGUGGGAGACCGGUGAGGUGAGAGAGACCUUUGAGAAUUCAGCUCCUUACGUGUGUUGGUUCUGUCUGUGGGAUGUCUGAAGACACAAUGACUACUGGGAAAUGACUACUGUGGUUGGAGUAUAGAAACCUUUUUGAAACGUGGUCCUCAUUUAUAUUCCAUUUUGAUAGGUGUGGCCAUUUUGAAGAAUUCUAUCAACUUUCCUUAGGCCUCAACAAGCACGCUUUGAAGCUAUUCAACAGUUAUCUGUCCAGUCAGUCACCCAUUUUGCCCUGUAUUCAUGUCUCACCAAUGUGGUAUUGUGAUUGACAGUGGGUUUUGUAACGUUUUAUAUUUUUUCGGACCAUGCUCCAGUAAGUUUAUUAGGCAUUCCACAGAGGUUUGAAGUUAGCUUUAGCUUUGUUCAUUGACUCUCACAGGCUGUGAUCUUACAUUCAUUUAUCUGUUCCCAAGCAACAAGACACGCUCCUCACCGAGAUUUGCCCGGUUAUGAAACUCUGGAAACACUAUCUCACUUUCAGAUAGGGUAACCUGAUGUGUCCAACACGUGCCCCCAUAGAAACAUAAGAUAUCUCACUCACGAUAACACAUCAAACCUAUAACUAUUGUACCCUUGUACGUUCUAUUCUCAUAAUAGCUUAAUAUCAACAACAAGAAAUUAAAUAAAGUUUUUAUUCUACAAAUGUAGGAUCUUAAUUUGAUCACCCUGUUGCAGAAGAACUUUCCUGCAAUGCAGGAAAUGUAAAACUUUUGUAGUGUAUUUGAGGUUUAAUAAGGCUUCUGAAAUUUGUAAUUUUCUAUUUGAAUUUCUGACUUGAUUUUCCUUUCCGAAAAAUGUAUGAACCCCUACAAAAAAUUUCAUUAAUUAGAAUCCACAUAAUAAUUAACAUUUCCUGUUGCUGCAGGAUUAUUUUCCUGCUGUAGCAAACUGGCUCAAAUUAAGAUCUUACAUUUGUAUGUCCGCUGAGGGCUCUUGCGCCGUAAACAUCCCACUGGGCACACACUGGUUGAAUCAACGUUGUUUCCAUGGAAUUUCAAUGAAAUUACGUUGAACUAACUUGGAAUAGACAUCGAAUUGACGUCUGUGCCAAGUGGGAUACCUUCACCUAUUCAAUGAAACCUCGAACUGGAAUAUUGGAUUUAGAUUUUGGUCUAAAUUCUCAGUUCUGGACAUUCCAGGGCCUAUAUUCACUAGAGUACGAGUGCUGAUCUAGGAUCGGGUCCUCCCUGUCUUAUUCGUUAUGAUCUGAAAGUUAAAACCUGAUCCUAGAUGCUUUGUGAAUAGGGGCCUUGGUCUCAUAAAGAGUUGCACUCUUUAGUGUAAGAAUCCCCUGAUCCAUGUCUUGGUAUUAUGUACUUGACCAUCCUAAUUCUUUAUCCCCCUCUGUUCCUAAGCUGGAUCUAUGGCCUCGUUCCAAACCAAACCGCUCCUCUAAAGCUGCACCCAGAGAGGAAGUCUGUGAGGAUUCCCUUUUGAGGCCUGAUAGGGAGGAGGUAGGACCCAUGGUUUAGUCCCCAGUCUUCCAGUCUGGAUGGAGCCCUAUAGCUUUACUGGAUGAAAUCAAAACCCUAAGUAAACCCUUGAGAAUUUGACCACGAAGACCGCUAACACUUCACAUUAAACGUUUUGUUCCCCCCCCCCAUGCUAAAUCAGACAUUUUAUCAGGUAGCAUCAAUGAAGGACAGAAACGAUCAAAGUAGAGAGGAAUCCCUAUAGCGGUUUGAUCUGGCACAAACCUACAUCUUGAUAAGGUGCUCUAGAGGCCAUUUUCUUAAAUGUUCAGGCAAGUUUAUGACAAUUGCGUUUUUGGUAUUUUAGUCGUUGAAUAUUGAAUGUGUGAAAUGAGAAAUUGCUGUCGUAGAAGAUGUCAUGCAUUUGAUGUCUGCUGACACAUUUUUUUUUUUAUUAAACAUUUUAAUUUAA